AUGGGCGACGCCGCGGCGACGAGACUUGAAGUCCCCCAAUCCCGUAGACUGCGCCACAACGACACGUGGCAUGGCGAGUCGCUCGAUCGCGUGUCGAUCCCGAGGGCGCGGACCGACGUCGCUCGCUCGUCGCAUCAUCUGUCGCCUCGAGAAGCGCCGCGACUGCAGCUUCACCACGCAGCGGCAGGCCCUGGCGGACAGCGCGCCGAGCCGGCCUCUUGCGCUCCCCAUCACCCCUCGCCUCGCUCGUCCGGCGGAGGCGCCGCGACUCGAGGCAUACUGAAGAGCGGUUCGGACCCAGAUCUGGCGACUAGAGAGUCCAAUUUUGCAAAAUCGACGUCGCUGACACGUGUCAUGCCCUCCGCAAACGCCGCUGCUGUCGACACGCGGCCCGUGCUCCAGGCGCAGCCGCAGCGUCCAGACAGGGUGAGCGGGCCGACGACGACGCUGAGCCGUCAGAUUCCGCGGCCAGCAGCCCUGGUGAUCGAUUGCGAUGCAGGCGAUUAUGAUGACGUGGCCGAGCCGCCCUUAUCAGCGAAGAACCACCACGCGUCGCCUGCUAACCACAGCCGCCAACUCCGCGAUAGGCGCAGCCCCGCUGAACCCGGCGCCAAGCACCGCGAUUCCCCCCGCGGGGCAACCGUGGAAAGGGCGCAAGGGGGAAGACGCUCCGCCGUGGCGCAAGCCUCUUCCCCCUCCUCCACCUCGCCCCUGGACCCCGCAUACCCUUCCGCCACCUCCCCACGCUUCCCCUGCGCCAUCCCGUCGCCUCGUCUCAUCCCCAUGGCAGUUCCCACAGCCUAUCAGCAAUCGCCACGUCAGCAGGUGCUUCCAACAGCCUCUCUGGGCGGCAUUUCCCCUGCAAUUCACCGGCAAUCAACCAUCGCCACGAGCAGUCCGGCUGGGCAGAUGGAACGGCGGAGGCAGGAGCAUGCUACUGAAAGAGGGGGGCAGAGGAGGGGCAGCAAUGGCGGAGGCGGCAGCAGGCGGCAGCUGAGCCGCUUCCACACGUGGGACAGCGUGCAGCUCGACGGCGAGCCCACGCCGCAGAUAACACCUCCCCCGGUUCCCCCCUCCUGCCGUGAGCAUCGGCCCCGGAGGGGUUUCUCUGGCCGCCAGCACGUGGAGGUCCAGUCGGAGCAGCCGUGGGCUGAAGGCGCGGACUGGGAGGAGGGGGACUGGCGUGGCGCUGAUGGCGGUGGUGCUGGUGGUGGCGUGGCACAGGCGUCGGCAGCUCCGCAUGCUGCAACGCCCUGCACGGGGCCCGUGACUCGGUGCCGCUCGCACUCGCUCCACCUCAUGCAGCCUGCUGUAGCGGAGCAUCCCCUUGCACAGCAUGCCAUAGCGGAGCAUCUUGCUGCGCAGCAUCCUAUACCGCAGCAUCUCAUAGCGGGGCAUGCCAUGUCAGAGGAUCCAACUGCGCGCCACUGCCACACACACUCCCUUGAUCGCCGCCCUGCGCCCUCCACGCUGCUCCCGGACUGCCGCCUCCCCCGGCGCGCAGCAUGUGACGAGCGGACCGUGCGACACGCACGUGCAGUUUCGCAUGGCGGUCAGGGUUUGGCCGUGCAGAGAGUGGGGGAGAUGGCCGGGGCGGGAGAGAAUAUGCGGUGGGUGGGGGGGGGAGAGUGGGGGGGAAGAGCAGGGACGCAAGUGCAGCAUGCUGCCUUUGUCCCGGACCUUGGAGAUGGGCCGCGUCGGAAGCAGACCCGGAAGACAGACUCGUUUCAGCAUUGCUCUGCUGUCGGUGAUGACAGCAAGCAACGGACCCGGCCACCAGGGAGAUCUAAUGGGCAGGGAUCCGGUGAAGAUGCUGACGCAGGGGGGGUGAGGGGGAGUGAGAGCAAGGGGAGUUUCAAGAGCAGGGAGAAGCCCAAAAGCAAGCUGCAGAGAUCGCUGAGUGACGAUGAUGAGGAGGAGGAACAGGCCGAGGUUGUGAGACCGAGUCGUGAUCGCAGUAGCAAAGCUGUGCAGCAGGGGAAAAAGGGUGCUUCACUGAAAGUCUCCAAGUCCAAGUGA